AUGUCAACAACAUUAACAGCAACAGCGAAACUAAAAAACUUGCUCCUGAAUCUACACACCCACUGUAUAGGGCUACAUGUCAGUGAUGUCACACCUAAAGUAUACUUCAAAUUAGUGAUACGACAUCUUCUACAGAUAUCCAGAUCCAGCGCUGCCCAUCCCAAGCAAAGAAGAAGGGCUCAGAUUUUAUUGAUAUCUCUUUUUGUAUCUGGUGCCACACUUUUGUCUGGUGUAACAUAUGGAACAUUCAAAAUCAUUCUAAAGUGCUACAAAUUUUACAAGUACCCGUGGAAGAGAAAGAAUAGGAGACCUCUAAUAAGGAGAACAAGAUCGCAAAUGCAAUUGGAUAGCGGUGCAAGAAUAAUGUAUAUCCCUGAAGUGGAAUUACUCGACCGCCGGAGUCCCGACGACAACAAAUUUAUGCAUGCUAUAGACAAGAAGAAAAGGAAAAGGAUUUUCAUUCCGCCAAAGGAUAACGAUAUAUAUGAGCAUGACAAGUUCCUUUUUAAAAACGUAGAACUGGAAAGAGCCAAGAAUUCGCAGUUAUUCUACUCAAAAUUUUUAAAUCAAAUGAACAUCUUGUCUAAAAUUCUAAUUCCCACAGUUUUUGAUAAAAACUCCUUUCUUUUGACCGCUCAAAUCUUUUUCUUAGUGAUGAGAACUUGGCUCUCUUUGUUUGUAGCCAAGCUGGAUGGGCAGAUAGUCAAAAAUAUAAUCGCUGGUAGAGGAAAAAGCUUUCUAUGGGAUCUAGGGUGCUGGUUUUUAAUUGCUGUCCCUGCUUCUUAUACUAAUAGCGCUAUUAAACUACUUCAAAGGAAGUUAAGUUUGAACUUCAGGGUAAAUUUGACACGCUACAUCCAUGACAUGUAUCUGGAUAAAAGGCUAACAUUUUACAAAUUAAUCUUUGAUGCGAAGGCGUCCAAUUCAGUAAUCAAGAAUAUUGACAACUCCAUUACUAAUGAUGUUGCAAAAUUUUGCGAUGCAACAUGCUCCGUUUUUGCAAACAUUGCGAAACCAGUUAUUGAUUUAAUAUUCUUUUCCGUUUAUUUGCGUGAUAAUUUGGGCACUGUUGGAGUGGCAGGCAUAUUUGUUAAUUAUUUCAUUACUGGGUUUAUCUUGAGAAGAUACACGCCGCCAUUGGGUAAAUUGGCAAGCGAGAGAUCUGCUUCUGACGGUGACUACUACAAUUAUCAUCUGAACAUGAUCAACAAUAGCGAAGAGAUUGCGUUUUACCAAGGAACAGCAGUAGAGAGGACAAAAGUUAAAGAGCUGUAUGAUGUGCUAAUGGAAAAAAUGCUGUUGGUUGAUAAGGUCAAGUUUGGUUACAACAUGCUGGAAGACUAUGUUUUAAAAUAUACAUGGUCUGGUUUGGGUUACGUUUUUGCUUCCAUCCCCAUCGUUAUGUCUACCUUAGCGACAGGCAUCAAUUCAGAGGAAAGAAAUAUGAAGGAAUUCAUAGUCAACAAAAGGUUGAUGUUGUCGCUUGCGGAUGCAGGCUCGAGACUGAUGCACUCUAUAAAGGAUAUCUCGCAAUUGACUGGAUAUACUAAUAGGAUUUUUACUCUGCUUUCCGUCUUACACCGGGUUCACUCCCUGAACUUUAAUUACGGGGCCGUUCCGUCAAUACUGUCAAUACGUACAGAAGACGUUUCCAGAAACGCAAAUUUAUUAGCUAGCACGGAUAGUUCACAAGAUGCUAUUCGUGGUACUAUUCAACGCAAUUUCAACGGUAUCCGGUUAGAAAAUAUAGAUGUAAUCAUUCCAUCAGUGAGAGCGGGUGAAGGCAUAAAGCUGAUCAACAAGCUUACAUUUCAGAUUCCUCUGCAUAUUGACCCCAUAACUUCAAAGUCUAAUUCCAUACAAGAUUUAUCAAAGGCAAAUGAUAUAAAGCUACCGUUUUUACAAGGUUCUGGUUCCAGCCUGUUAAUAUUGGGGCCAAAUGGUUGUGGCAAAAGUUCUAUUCAGCGUAUAAUAGCUGAAAUCUGGCCAGUAUAUAACAAAAAUGGAUUAUUAUCAAUCCCUUCAGAGAAUAAUAUAUUUUUUAUUCCUCAGAAACCAUACUUUAGCAGAGGUGGGACUUUAAGAGACCAAAUUAUAUACCCCAUGUCUUCGGAUGAAUUCUUUGACAGAGGCUUUAGAGAUAAGGAGCUAGUUCAGAUAUUAGUAGAAGUGAAAUUAGAUUAUCUUUUGAAAAGAGGCGUUGGUUUGACCUACCUAGACGCUAUUGCCGAUUGGAAGGAUUUAUUGAGCGGUGGUGAAAAGCAAAGAGUAAAUUUUGCUAGAAUCAUGUUUCAUAAACCAUUAUACGUAGUGUUAGAUGAGGCCACGAAUGCAAUUAGUGUUGACAUGGAAGAUUAUCUGUUUAAUCUUCUGAAAAGAUACAGAUUCAAUUUCAUCUCUAUAUCACAAAGACCAACAUUGAUUAAAUAUCAUGAAAUGCUAUUAGAAAUUGGUGAAAAUCGCGAUGGCAAAUGGCAAUUACAGGCAGUUGGUACAGAUGAGGCAAUCACAUCAAUUGAUAACGAGAUUGAAGAAUUAGAGAAGAAAUUAGAAAGAGUGAAAGAUUGGGAAAAUGAGAGGAAGAAACUACGCGAAAAGCUUGAAAUUAUUUGA